AUGUCCGGGAGAAAUCGUAUGUCUCACCAUGCUGAUGGUUAUCGAGGUUACCAUGAUGAUCCUCGACCUCUCAUGAACCGAGGACCGGGACACUUGAGUGUACACCCUGCAGCUUUGGAAGAAGAACUUGCAAUGAAACACAGAGAAAUGCAGCGAAUCAUUGCUGAGAACCGGCUUGUAAUUGACGAUAAUACCCUUCUUCAAAGGGAAUUGACAGAUGCGAAAGAUGAGAUUCAUAGAUUGGGGCAGGUCUUACCUAAACUCCGGGCUGAGAAAGAGGCACAGUCUAGGGAGUUAAUUGAGAGAGGAUUGAAGCUAGAAGCUGAUCUCCGUGCUACUGAGCCUAUAAAGGCAGAGGUUAUGCAGUUAAGAGCUGAAGUUCAGAAAUUAAGUGCUUUGCGGCAAGAGUUGUCUUCCCAAGUCCAAGGUCUGACACAGGAGAUAACUCGAUUGCAAGCUGAGAAUCAGCAGCUAAUUCCCAUGAGGGCUGAUAUUGAUGGGAUGCGAAACGAGCUUGUUGAGACCAGGAGAGCUUAUGAAUAUGAGAGGAAAGCCAGUGAAGAACAAGUGGAACAAAAGCAAGCGAUGGAAAAUAACCUUGUUUCCAUGGCUCGUGAAAUAGAGAAGCUAAGAGCAGAGCGGCUAAAUGCAGACAGGAGGGCACGAGAACAAGGUGGUGGGGGUUAUGGAAUGAUGAAUGGAAGUCCUGAUAUGAGAUAUUCACGUGGUUCAUAUGGCAAUGGCUACAGCAGUGGUUGGGGACCUUAUGAUAAGCGUGGUUCACGGCGUUAA